AUGCAGGCUGCUUCUACAAACAUUUGUGAAAGACUGUGCAAUAAGUCAUCCGUGAAAUUUCCUUGCUACUAAAUAUUCCACGGUCAACUGUUAGUGGUAUUAUAACAAAGUGGAAGCAACUGGGAACAACAGCCACGUGGUAAGCCACAUAAAAUGACAGCGGGGUCAGCGCAUGCUGAAGCGCACAGAAGUUGCCAACUGUCUGAAGAGUCAAUAGCUAAAGACCUCCAAACUUCAUGUGGCCUUCAGAUAAGCACAACACCAGUGCGUAGAGAACUUCAUGGCAUGGGUUUCCAUCCCCAA